GUUAGCGUAUCUAAUAAUAUUACACAUGAUGACAUACAUCUUUUAUGUUAUACAAAAAAACUUGUUUCGAUGCUAGUAAUCGUAAGUUUCAAAGUUCCAUCAAUGAUGUCGAAAUAGUUCGACGUUCCGUAGAUUGGUACACGAUCAAUGAGUGUUGUACAGUGUUGUAUGAUAUGACUCUCAGUAUUAACAAGAUAUUUCAAAGUUUUCGCAAUAAAUGCGGCAGUAUUGAGAUAUAAAAAAUGACGUUUUUAUUUAAGAAGAAUCAUAGUUUGCCAACGGCAUGCUUCACAAAUGCUGUUAUUUCGUGAGUUUCGAAAAAUCGAACGAAACUAUAAGCAUAACCUAUGGAAAUUUUUCAUGCUCACUUCUGUAAAUAAGAUUGUUUAUAUAGUAAUUAAGAAGCUUUCUGAUUUUUCAAAAUGUUGGAAGGACUCGUUGCUUGGGUGUUAAAUAAUUACCUAGGAAAAUAUGUCGAAAAUUUAAACACAGAUCAAUUGAGCAUUGCUUUACUAUCGGGGGAAGUCGAACUAGAAAAUCUUCCGUUAAAGAAAGAAGCAUUGCGUCACAUUGGUUUACCAAUUGAAAUAAAAGCAGGAUUUAUCGGUAAAGUUAGGUUGCAAGUACCUGUUCGUCAAAUAAGAACAGCGUCAUGGGUCAUAGCCAUAGAACAACUUUAUUUAGUAGCAGGACCAAUCAGUUUAGAUGAAUUUGACAAUGAGGCAGAAGAGCAAGCAAUUUUAGAGUAUAAGUUGAGUCGACUAGAUUCUUUGGAAGCAAGAUGGAGAACAGACACAGAGCAUGAUCCUGGAUACUAUGCUGCAAGUUAUAGUUCAUGGGUAAAUUAUGGUACUUCCUUAGUUACAAAUAUCAUCGAAAAUUUACAGCUUAACAUUAAGGAUGUUCAUAUAAGAUAUGAGGAUGGUAUAACAUUAUCGGAUGGCAUUGCACUGGGUAUAACUAUAGGAGCUUUAACAGCUCAGAGUUGUGAUGCUAGUUGGAUACCUGGAUCAACUUCAUGGAAUCUUACAGAUGCAUCUUUUAAGCUUAUGGAACUUGAUAAACUUUCCAUUUACUGGAAUCACUUGAAAAAGGAGGAAUUUUUUGGUUCUCUCAAUCUCGGUGAUUUAGCUAUUGCUAUGAGCGAACCAAAAAAUGUAAUAAAAAAGUACAUUUUAUCACCCGUUAGUGCAAGAGCGCAUAUUAAAAGAGAUAGAUCUGAACGACCUUUAAGAUCAACAAGUAAACCAAGAAUUAUAGUAGACCUUCUGUUAGAUGAUGUUCCAUUAUGUCUCACAGAUGUACAGUACGAACAAAUAGUUAAAUGUAUAAGAGGCCUCAAAGACAUAGAUCGACAUAAGCAACAGAGACGUUGCCGACCAACAGUCAGCGUUUCCGCAGCACCUAAAGAAUGGUGGAAAUAUGCAGCACGAUGUCAUCUUGGUAAAGACACCCUCAUACCUAAACCUACUUGGGAGGACAUUCUUCAGAGAGGCAGAGAAAAUAUUUUAUAUGUGGAGAGUUACACUAAAUUGCUAGGAACACCAACUAGUAUUUUACCUUCGGAUACUAAACAGUUAAAAGAAAAGGUAGAACAGGAACGCAGUUUCGACGAACUCAGAGUAUUGAGAGAGAUAGCGAUGCACAGAGUUAGGCCACCAAAACUUGUACAGAAUUCCAACGUGAACGUUCCACAGCCUCGUGGAAUGCUUGAGCAGUGGUUCCCACAGUGGUGGGGUUGGUACUCAAAGGCACCAAACAUAAAUACUCAGACUACGUCGUCCACGUUCGAUGGAGAACUUCUGGACGUUUUAGCGGAUACUAUGGACGAUGACACUUUGCUACGUCGUGAUACCGUGUUUGGCCAGUUUAAUUUCACGUUAUCGAAAGGUGCCGUUUCUUUAUGCACAACGAAAAAUGAUAGCGAGAUUGAAAAAUCUGUAAUAGAACUGCAGUUUGAACGUGUAAAUUUGAGUUACGAGUCGAGACCCAGAUCUGGAUCACACAAGUUUUCUAUCAGUUUAGGAGCACUGUACUUGCACGACUACCUCACAGAGAAUUCCACUUUCCCCAUCUUGGUACAACCUCAAGUAAUAUUUUCUACUACCUCACGAAUUCGUAGUUCUACGGAAAAACUGACAAAUCAGUUACCUCAACACUUAUUUGAAAUGACGUACGAGAAACGACCGCUACAUUUGACCGCUGACCACUCGCUGCACGUGAACUCGAGGUCUCUGGACGUGGUAUACAACCCUGCUGUGAUACACUGGCUCAUAGACUUCAUAUGUAAACCGCAUAGGGCAUCCACGAAUCAAAAAUUUCAAGCGAUGAAGCGCAGAACUCGGAGGCAGCUUAUCAAGAAUUGGGAACAGAUCUUGGAUGCAGAUCUCGUGUAUCGAUCAUCGUGGGAUUUGCAGUUUAAUAUAUCCGCACCGCAAAUUUUACUGGUGGAGAACUUCGUGGACUCGAAUGCCGCAGUCGUAGUCGUUGAUUUCGGAAAGCUUCACUUAUCGAACAAUGUACAGAACAACGAGGUAAUCAUAAAACCUGGCUCAGGAACGAACAGCGACGACGAGGACGAGAGGUUCGAGACACCGUGUUCAACCCCGCCUGGCAGUCAAGAAAAUGGUUCCAUUCAAGAUUUCCAAACGAUAUCCGAAACAGCGUUACACCAGAAACUGUACGACCAUUACUCCAUCGACCUGGUCGAUUUACAAAUUUUAGUUGGGAAGGUGAACGACAAUUGGAAACACGUGCGGACAAGAGGAAUGUCCAGCUUACACGUUCUGGAACGUUUCAACAUAUCAUUAAAAAUCGAAAGACGAGUGUUCGUCUCGUCGGAUCCAAAUUUACCGUCUGUUACAGUGUCAGGGAAUCUACCAAGAUUAGUGGUGCACGUUAACGAACAGAAAGUAGAAGCCAUUCGACUGAUGUACAGUUUGCUGACGAGCUUUUCCAAGUCCACAGGAAUUCCUCAAACCGACGUGAUCAACGUCGAACCUGAAAGUCCCAAGAAAGAAGAAAAUUUGGACAAGUCUUUGAGUCAUGCGGUGAUGGUUCAGUUCAUUAUUGAUCAAAUGACUUUUGAGUUGCAAUCGAGGGGUCGCAGUGUAGCGGAGUUACAGGUCUCCGGGGUUCGAGCCGCUUUCAGCAAAAGAACAGCGGACAUCAGUAUUUCCUUGUCGGUCCAUGGAUUGUUACUCGUGGAUGCUCUUCAAGAAUUCGGCCCCGAUUUCGAGUUACUAGUAGCCAGUCACAAACACGUAGGAAUGGACAGCAUCUCAGGCAGUUUAAGAGACUCGGAACCAACGUCACCGGUCUCUCCAGUCUCUCCUGGAUCUCCGGACCCCAAUGUUCCUAGACGACUGACUUCUCCGAUCGCUUUAACAAAUGCUCUGUCCAAUCUGGCGAAUAAAGCGAAGAAUCCUCAGUCUCCCAGAAAUAAUUCAUUGAUCGAUUUAGAGAAGAUGGACUCUGAGGCUCUGAUCGUAGUCGAGUUAAUGUUGGUAUACGACGUAUUAGAAAUUUUGAGAGUUGCCAACAUUCAGUUCAACAACCUGGACAUCAUCGCCAAUCAAGAAACAAUCGUGGAGCUAAUGGGCUUCUUCAGAAGGAUAUUCCCGUCUCGAAAAAUGAGACCGGGCAUCAUAGAAAGACAGGAAUCACUUUCGAGUCAAAGUACGGAGUCGAAAGUCUCCACCAGGACUGAGAUUACUUUUGAUUUCCACAGACUGAACGUUCUGCUUCUGCGGGCAGUGAUGCAGGAUAACCACUUGGUAGGGCAAAAGAUUGCUACGGCCACAAUGUGCGAUGCCCGCAUACAAGCGACUUUAGCAGUGAACGCUUCUAUUUCUGGAUCACUUGGAGGUCUACAGGUGCUGGACCAAACGUCAACCGGUAAAACUCAUCAGCGUAUAAUCAGCGUCGGUAGAGACCCCAUAGCGGAUCCACCUCAACAUCCACUGGAACACUUUACAAGCUUAACCGACCAGCCCGAAGCAUUAAGAUUCUCAGCCAACAGGUGUACCAAACCCUGUGCACAACAGCAGGAUGGAAUGGAGACUCUGAUAGACUUAACAGUACGCAUAGGUAGCGUCUGGUACACUCAUGCUCCACAUUUACUUUCAGAACUGCGUUCCUGUGCCGACGAAUUUAAACAGUAUUUGAGCAAUCUUGCACGCCAGAUCAGCGCAGCUGCUACCGACAUGGCUAUCGGUCUGGUGAACGCAGAGGACUGGUCGAUACCACCGCGUAGACGCUUGCCAAGUCUCUCAGUAGACUUGGAGAACCCAGGGAUCUUGUUUUUUAAGUUGGACGUUCUUCUGGACAGCCCUGUAUUGGUGAUACCAAGGUCGUCUCACAGUAGACAGGUGUUCGUUGCUCACCUUGGUACCAUGUCUCUGCAACACGAACCUCAUCCUGGCUCUAUGGCGAAACACAAAGUGAUUCUAGAGGUCCGGGACAUGAAUCUGUACUCUUUAGAAAUAUCUGCCAAUAUCGGCAAGGCGAACAGCAAUCUACCUUUGAGGGCUGAGCAGAUGUACAGUUGCAAGGAGUCAGGUAAACCGAUCUUGCACGAUACUGUCCUAAAGGUUGUAGUCGAGAAGGAAACCGCACUGGCACAGAGCCCCAGUUUCUUUUUCGACGGUGAGUUCUCAAGCAAUCCCAUCGUCCAGGUUCAUGGAAUCGUCAUGACACCUCUGAAAGUGUCUCUGUCUCGAGGACAGUACGAGCAGCUGUUGGACACGAUCAACAGGUUGUUCUCGAUGCCAGUCUCGGUGCCGGUUGUUCAGAAAUUACAGACAACGAACAAGGUGCAGAACAACUAUUCCGACAAGCUCGACUUGUCCAUCAAGGUUCUGUUCGAAUUACCCACGUUGAGCAUGGAGUUGAAGCAGGGUCCUUUGGAGCAACCGUUGGUCGAGCUGUCGAUGAGGGACUUCGUUGCAAAGUAUGAGAAGCUGCAGAAAAACGAAUCUACCAUUCAGGUCGCACUGCGUUCUCUCCUCAUGGAGGACCUGCUAUGCCCUAUUGGUUCACGACACCGCUGCAUGAUGCAGUCCUCGGCACCGACUCGCGCCAAACUUCCAGCUGGUGUUUCCAAAUCAUGUCCUAACUUUGCAUUUAUACAGCAGGUCAAGAGCCAGUGUGGACGAGGAAGCUUGCCCGAUAGAUUGGAGACAGACACGUUGUACGGCACAAUCCCUGCUCACUGGCGUAGGAAACCUGUGUCGCUGAUACAUACUCCAAACACGCCGCCUCCAUCGCCCGGUGCAUCCACCAGUGAGGAAAAUUUGGUUCUGUUGAGUAUCAGCAUUAUUGAGCCUGACCAUGACCAGUUAACGAAAGACCAAUUUCAUCAGAAGAUAGUAACUGUAGAUUUCAACUGCCUGGACUUGGUAAUAAGCGUUGAGUCUUGGAUGGUAGUGUUCGACUUCUUUGGAUUUGCUGGUCCGUCUAGAGUUAAUCCCAAAGUCACCAUGCACCAAACAUCUGUAGACGUGGAUCAGCUAGACAAAGUGGAUAAUCUACCUUUGAGGUCAGAGACUGAAAUAGAAGUCAGGUCUCUGACACUAGUAUUGAUACAGUCUGAAAGAGAGAUCGCAAAGGCCAAUGUAUCUAAUGCAAAUAUGCACAUUUUAAAGGCUAAUGGAAAGACAAAAAUAUCAGGGUCCUUGGGGUCCAUGUCCUUGUUAGAUCUGACUCCACAUGGUAGGUUUUAUAGAGAGAGAUUCCUUUCGUCGGGAAGGAAGGCUCUGAAUUUUCAGUAUUCUAGUUAUGUAGACACAGAGAAACGACCAUACGAUGCUCAAUUGAAGCUGGAAAUGUCUGCGGUGCAUUAUGUGCACACACAAAGGUUUGUGGCAGAACUUCAGGCAUUCUUUGGCCACUUCUCCCAACUGUGGACCAUCAUGGCAAACCUAAGAGCUGGAGUUGGUGCUAUUAUUGACACCAAUAAAAGGAGUAUGAGGUUAUCGUUGCAACUCCAAGCAGGUGCUCCUGUGAUACUGCUGCCAGUCAGUUCAAGAUCUGACGAGCUGAUUCUAUUAGACCUGGGAGAACUCACUGCUCACAAUCAGUUUGCGGUUUCAGAAGUUGUAGACAAAUGCAUGUUAGAUGUAAUGUUCCUCGAGUUGGUUAACAUGGACGUUUAUGCAGCAAAAAGAGUAAACUGCAAUGAUCAGGAUGACAAAAUGGAUACACUGAUGGUUGGUGGUUUUCACAUUCAAAAACUUGGGUCCUCUUUACUCACUGAAAUGUGUCAUCUGAAGCUACGCAUCGAAAGAAACUUGGACAUUUAUAUCAGCAGAGCAAUUCCGGACUUGAGCAUACAUGGGACCCUCUCAACCAUGGACUGCGCUUUGGAUCCUGCCCAGUAUAUGUUGAUUCGAGGACUGCUUUCUUACAACAUUGGAGAAAAUUUAGAGGACUUGCGUCAGUUUAUGCAGGAUCUUGACCAAACGGUGGAGUACUCAAUAACCAAUGUAGAUAAUAGGGGAAAGAUCUGGAAAAAGUCUUGUAUAACUCUGGAACUGGUGAACGUGACCGUGAAGCUACACCCAAAUCACAAUAUAGCAGCUCUAGCUUGCGUCAAUUUUAUUAAGUCCAGGUUGACGUUGGAUUCGUUGAGUGAUGGGUCGCAAGACAUUGACUUGGUGUCCCAGGAGAUUUUAAUCACAGACAUGAGAUUCCAGGAUGAACCGGUUAACAAACAAUCUAACGUUUUCACAAGUAUCUUACAGCCUCUGAGGAAUGCCAACAAUGAGAAUCGUGUCCAGGCUGAGGUGCAUCACAGAAGACGUAAGACCAACGCAGCCACGACCAUUUUGGUGCACAGUAUGCGAUUGACCGCUAUUCUUGAUUGGUGGGAGGCCGUCAGGGAUUUUUUGAUGUUGAAUUCCAUGGAACCACAACCCAUUAUUGGAAUCGCACAAACAGCUACUGAAAACAACCAGGAAAACGAGAACAAUGCCUUAACUGCGAUACCGGUUGAGCUGAAGAUCAACAUCACUGAUUCUGAGCUGGUUAUUGUAGAAGAUACAUCAGUCCGCGAUACUAAUGCUGUUAUCCUGAAGAGCACCGCUGUGCUUUCAUAUCGGUCCGCUCCUCAGGAAGGAGAGAAACCAUUGUCCUGUAAUUUGUCCCACUGUGAGUUAUUUUCCUGCAUUUUGGGAUUGGAAGAAGAAACAGCAUUGUCCAUAAUUGACCCUGUGGGAGCCAGUUUAGAUCUGACGCAGGACAAGUGUCUGGAGAUACAGCUGCAGCCACUUUGUGUGAGAUUGAGCUACCAUGAUGUGACCAUGUUCUCCAGGAUGCUCAGCUCUUUGCCAAAACAGACUUUGCUAGCUAAACAGAGAUCUAGUGAAGCAUUGACUACCCUUGAGAGACAGGUGCAACAAUUAACUGCAUUAGGAUUCACAGAUGCUGAUUGUAGGGCAGCCUUGGAUCUGUGUAAUGGUCAGCUGGAUGAGGCAGCUUUGUGGCUGACACAAAAUGCAAUACCUGACUCCAAUGUUAACACAAACAAUGAAUCUGUGUUUCAUAUGAUUGAGUUGCAAACACCUUGUGCAAGGAUAUGCAUCAUAGAUGACUGUAGAGAUGCUGAUGUGCCAUUGUUAGAGAUGUCAUUGCUAGAUCUUAAUCUGAAGCAACAGUACAUGGGACCUGGUCUGGUUUCUUCCACAUUCAGCAUUGAUUAUUAUAACAGGGUCCUGAGUGGAUGGGAGCCCUUCGUUGAACCAUGGAAGGCUUCAGUUCACUGGGAACAGACCUUUACUAAUUCCCUCAGUGCCAAGAGACUGCAGAUGUCUAUUGACUCUCAAGAUUCUGUGGAUGUUAAUAUAACUUCUACAUUAGUAGAAUUGAUAGAGUUAGUGAAGAACAACUGGAUGCAGGAUUUCUACUUAACAUCCACUAAAGAUGUUAAUGUAAAUAAAACAAGUGGGAAUGGAACAGCGUACAAACGUCGAAUGCCUUUCAUUCCUUUUGCAUUGAAGAAUGAAACUGGUUGCAAAUUGUGGUUUAAAACGAUUAUUGCCACAGCUGACGAUACUAAAGACAUUGGGCAGAAUUUUAAAACAAAGAACGUUUUUCAGAAGGAUGAUACUUGGCUAGAAGUUGUUCCUGGUGAGACAGUCCCAUUUACGUUUGAAGGAAGAGGGAAGUUAAGGCAUCAUGCAACUCAUACAGUUCGCAGACAUCAAAUUACAGUGUUGAUAGAUGGAUGGAGACCGGUGGACCCUGUUACUGUGGAUCGUGUUGGCAUAUACUUCAGACAUGCAAAUACAAAUGCUACUACUUCACAGUUUCAGAUGUUCACACCAAAGGCCAGAAUAGUAUUUGCUGUUGAAUUAGAAGGAUCAGCUAGAAAAUUAGUGACAGUUAGAUCGGCUUUGCAAAUAUCCAACAAAUUGAAACAUACAGUGGAAAUCAAAAUGGAGAAAUCUUUGAAUCAAUUUGGACAUUUACCUCUGUCUGUCAGCGACAGAAUUCUACAGGUACCUGCAUCGUCAACCGUAUCGGUACCUCUAACGCACACCGGUGUACAAAUGUGUAUAAAACCUAUUAAUCUGAAUAACCUGUUCCAAUAUUGUACAGAAACCAUAGAUUGGACAGUAGUAAAGAAACCGUUAGAAAUUAUAGAAAACCGUAUUACAUGUAGAGCUAAUCAUAACAAUAUAUUUAGAAUAUGUGUAGCAGUGAUGCGAGAUAAUUAUCCACCUGACACUACUCAAGUGCUACCAGGACACACUAUAACAGUGAUGGCUCCUCUUACAUUGACCAACUUAUUACCUCAUGAAUUGUUGUUUGAAGUAGGUACAGAAAACGGCAGAAUCCUACCCGGUGGUAGUGCAGACUUGCACACUAUGAAUGUUGAAGAGCAGCUAGAGAUUGUGAUACAAUUAGAUGGUUAUCCUGGUCCAGGAAUGAUGAUAUUGCCUUCACAUACCAGCUCAUUUACCGCUCGUCUCAGACUAACAGAUUCCUCCGGCAGAAUAUUAUACCUACAUGCAGCUGUUAAUAUAGAAAAAGGUUCUGGCAUACAAAUCAACAUCACAGCCCCUUAUUGGAUCAUCAAUAAGACGGGUUUACCGCUAGUAUUUCGGCAAGAAGGAGUUGGAGUUGAAGCAGCUGGUCAAUUCGAAGAACACGAGAAGGCUAGAAUGAUAGAACCGCUGUUAUUUUCCUUCAGCGAUGAAGAAGCUAGCAGGACCUUAUCAGUAAGAGUGGGCACUGCAGUGCAUCCUCAGGGAAUACCUCAAUGGUCUCAGCACUUUCAUUUGCAACCUGGAAUACAGGUGCACCGUCUCAGAAUAUCCUUGCGCGACGGUCGACCGGACAUAGUAUAUUUAAUUAGUGUGGCAACUAGGACAGCAAGAGGAAAAUACAGGGCUACCACAGUGGUCACGUUAUCUCCCAGAUACCAAUUGCACAAUAAAUCAAGUUUCACUUUGGAAUUAGCUCAGAAAUGUUUUACUACAACGAUUAGUCAUCCAGAUGCUCAAGCAACGUACAUAAGAACCAUGCCAGAUUGUCACAUGCCAUUUCAUUGGCCACGUCUCGACAAGGACUUAUUACUGUGUGUCCGUAUCACGAAUGUCAAAGAUUGCAUGUGGUCUGGCGGUAUGAGACUGGACGAUAAUUAUUCGUUGACGAUUAACAUCAGAGAUGCAAUAGGAAGAAUGCACUUUCUUCGAGUAGAUGUCGUGUUACAAGAAAGUACUUAUUUUAUUGUCUUCACUGAUGCGGAUACUAUGCCACCGCCUAUAAGAGUAGAUAAUUUUUCGGAGGUGCCUUUGAUAGUCAAUCAGGUUACUGUACACGACAGUCUGCAGUGGACUGUCAGGCCACAUUCAUCCGUACCGUAUGCACUGGAUGAGCCAAUUGAAUCUGCUGGUUUAGUUUUAACUGCACCUGGAGGAGUAACAGCUACGUACGACUUGAAUAUACUCGGUGAAAGUAGAGGUCUGACUUACGAGAACUUCAUUUACAUCGCUUUUACUGGUACUUUCAAAACUGACUGCGAUCUGGGAACAGGAGAGGGUGGUCUUGACCCUCUAGACGUUGAAACGCAAAGGUUAGUUUUAGAAGCUGGUCCUGGUGGCUGGGUUGCCUUGCGAAGGAAGCAGUACGGGGCUAGAUCACAACUUUGGAGAAUGACUGGUGAUGGUCAAUUACAACAUGAAGGAUCUAGCCCACCCAGAGACAAGCACUCAAAGACCCCUGAAACGGUGUUAGUCCUAGAUAUCGCAGGCACAGCACCACAACCUUUUACAUAUUGUGCUCUUGCAUUGAGGAAACCUGAUCCCAGAAGAAGAUCAACGCAAACAUGGCGGUUCACCGAUGACGGGCGAUUGUGUUGUGCACAUAAGAACAUGUGUGUUCAGUCGAAAGACGGAUUUAUGGGAUUACACGAAGGCGGCUGUGUCGCCCGUUGGCAAAUGUGGAGCGAAGCAGUAUUGGGUCCUCAAACCCACAGCAAUCCACCACCAAUUGAACAACGCGUAGGAAGACAAAAGCUGAGACCAGGAUCUGGCUUCCUGUCUGUCAGGGUGACUACUGAUGGGCCAACCAGAGUGUUACAAGUGUUGGAUAUCAAAGAAAGAAAAAAGACUUUCGCAUUACUGGAAGAACGCGACUGGUCGCACAUCGCAGUGAGUCACCGUCCAACACAGAUAAAUACAGACGCUGAAAAAUUGAAUUCUCGAGAAGUGGAACUGAGAGUCAACCUGUUAGCUGGACUAGGAUUAUCAAUCGUUUCGAGAAGACCUGUUGAGGAGUUGCUGUUCGCUCGUUUAGCCGGUAUUUCUUUGGAACUUGUCCAAACACCUGGCAACACCAGCUUAGAUCUGAGCGUGGAAGACAUACAAAUAGACAAUCAAUUAUUUGAAGCACAAUGCACCUCCGUCUUGUACGUGACACGUCCUGCUCGUGUCGAAAGCGAGCACAGACCAGCGAUACACGUGGUCGCUGAGAAGUUGAAGUCCAGAAAUCAGAACGCAGAAAUAUAUAAGCACGUGAUCGUGACUAUCAAGCCGCUUUGUAUACACUUGGAAGAAAAGCUGAUCUUGAAAUUGGCCGCAUUCAUUGGAGCUGGAAGAUCGGAGCUUGAGGUGCCGGUAGAUGAAAAUGAUUUCAAAGCACAAAGGUUUAUUUCAGAGGUGUCUGCGGCGCACGCCAAGCGAUACUACUUUGGAGCUCUGAAAAUUGUUCCUAGUCAAGUAAAGUUAAGCGUGCUCACAACUACCAAGCUACCACGUCAUUUGCAAGCGAUAAAAAGACAAUUAGGCCUAACCUUAAUCAAGUUCGAAGACGCCACGAUUGAAUUGGAGCCGUUCAUUAAGAAACAUCCCUUCGAAAGUACUCAAUUUUUAGUACAUUCCAUUGUAAAGCAUUACAAAGAUGAGCUGAAGUGGCAAGCAGCUGUAAUACUAGGAUCCGUAGAUUUCUUGGGUAAUCCUCUCGGCUUCGUAAACGAUGUCACAGAAGGUGUAUCAGGCUUGAUUUACGAAGGAAGCGUGAAGACAUUAGUGAAAAACGUUACUCAUGGUAUAUCGAAUUCAGCUGCCAAAGUGACAGAAUCCCUGUCCGAUGGAUUGGGUCGGGUCAUAAUGGACGAAAGGCAUGAAGAAGCUAGGCAAAGAAUUCGUGCGAAUACCGCGGGUAGUAGCGAUCACUUGGUAGCUGGAUUAAAGGGUUUUGGGUUCGGAUUACUGGGAGGCGUGACAAGUAUCUUCAAACAGACUUACGAUGGUGCUACGAACGAAGGAUUUCCGGGUUUCUUUGCUGGUUUCGGUAAAGGAGUUGUUGGUACAAUUACAAAGCCAGUCGUAGGAGUCUUAGAUCUGGCUACGGAAACUGCCACUGCUGUACGGGAAACUAGUAGAAGCGCUCAUCGUGCGAUACCAAAACGAGAUAGGUACCCCCGUGUCGCCAGUGGUCCAGCCGGCCUACUACCUCCUUAUAAUCGUCAACAAGCAGAGGGUCAAGAGUUCCUCUACAUUAUAAACGACCAUAAUUACUCAGAAUUGUUUGUAGCGUACGAGUGUCUGCGUACAGGCACAGAAAAUUUAAGAGUACUCGUGUCAAAUGAACAAGUCCGUGUGAUAUCCGGUGGUACAAAAGGGGUGGUCACUGAAGUUAGUUUAGCGGAUCUAUUGUAUUGCCAACCUAUGCAUAAACUCGAAAGUAAUGGUGUAACAUUAUAUUACAUCGAAUUGAUAUCCAGAUCAGACUCAGCCAUUACCGUUAACGUGGACGGUCCUGAACUAUUGAGGAGACCUAAGGUUCGAUGUGAUAACGAGGAAGUGGCUAAAAGAGUAUCGCAACAAAUUAAUUAUGCGAAGGGUAUGCACGAAGAACGUAGUUUAACGUUAACUUCGUCGGACAAUAUGCUAGAUGACGUCCAAUACUACAAAUAAUUACAGAUGAUCUGCGCACUAACAUAUUUUCUACUUUAUGUUUAACAUAUAUAUUUGUUUCAAUUGCUAGUCGGCACCUCGGUUUCUAUGUUUUUUUAAUGAUGCACAUAAUGAUGCCUUACUACGCUUAAACUAAUUUGAUGAUAAGACUGACGCAAGGCACCAUUCAUGCAGACACGCGGAACUUUUUUAAGUUAAGGGAAAUCAGCUGGACAAUACACUUCGAAAAAGACGUGUUAGAAUAUUUGGUUAUCGCACAGAUAUCUUUGAUACUAAUUAUAAGAGAUAUAAAUAGGACGUCUUUCAAAAGACGGAUUUUUUUUUAAUAAUGUGUGUAUAUAUAUAUAUUUAAUGAUAUGUACAAUAUAGUUAAGUAUGUCUGGACUAAUGUAAUCUACUUAAAAAGAAACAGGUAGCAAAUACCAAAGUUUUUGUAUAGGAUAUAGGAUAUUUAUUUUCUAUUAACGAGUUUAAUAUUUUGCAAACUACUUGCGUUCGUAACUAUAAACUAUAUUUUUUAUGGUGUCGAGUGUAACGUUGUAUAAAAAUAAUGCCAUUAACCAAAGUAUUAAUAACUGUACAUUCUUAUAUGAUGUAAUGCGUGUACAAAUAACUCGAACUUGUACAGAUAUUAUGUAAGAUUCAAAUCAGCUCUGUUUAAAUACAUACAUUUUUAUAAAGCUGAUGCUUUGUACAGCUUGAGUAUACAGUAUAUAUUUAUGAUAUUUGAUGAAUAAAACUGUGAAUAAAUACUAGUACACUAGA